CCAAUUUUAUACAUUUUUCUUUCGUGGUGAAUUGGGAUAUGGCAAGAAAGAAGAUAAGAGAAUACGACGCAAAGCGCUUGCUCACAUGGCACUUGAAACGUUUGCAAGGGAUUCAUAUUCCUGUUCAAGUUAUUCAAGUAACAUAUGGAGGUCCUUCUCUGACAGAGUUGGCGGAUAUGUCUUCUGACUUUGAAAACAACCAGACUCAAGUUGACGGUGAAACUACCUUGCAAGAAAAUGGUUUUGGCGAUCAGCACUUGGACGUCUGGAGCAAGGACAAGAGUUGGCUGUUGGAAAAUAAACUGGUGGUGAAACCAGAUAUGUUAUUUGGCAAGCGCGGAAAGAGUAAUCUUGUAAAGUUGAAUCUAAGUUUGGAAGAGGCUUCCAAAGCUAUCGAAAACUUAAUUGGUUCUAGUUUGGAGGUCGAAGGAAUAAGAGGUCGGAUAACUCACUUUAUCGUAGAACCCUUUGUCGAGCAUGACGCUGAGUAUUAUUUUUCUAUCCAGUCUUGUCGAGAGGGUAAUCUGGUGUCUUUUGGUUGUUGUGGAGGUAUCGAUAUUGAAAAACACUGGGAUAAAGUCAAACAGGUCGUCAUUCCAGCAGGUGAAUCGCCUAUAGUUUUGGAUACCUUAUUGGCCAACCAAGACAUAAGCCGCCAAAUUCGUGAGCAAUUGGAGCAGUUUAUAAAAGGCUGUUAUUUGGUCUUUGAGGAUUUAGACAUGACUUUCCUGGAAAUGAAUCCAUUGACGCUGAAUGAUAGAAAUCAUGUGAUACCUUUAGAUAUGAGAUGUGAGUUGGAUACCUAUGCAGUGUUUAAAAAUCAAAAGAAAUGGUUGAAGAUUGAAUUUCCAGAGUCUUGGGGUUCCCAGUUUACAGAUGAAGAGCAGUUUAUUCGUUCUUUGGACGAAAAGUCUGGUGCAUCUUUGAAACUCACUCUGAUUCAUCCAAAAGGCCAUAUUUGGACCAUGGUCGCUGGUGGUGGGGCGAGUGUGAUUUACGCUGAUACUGUAGUUGAUUUAGGUAUGGGAGAUGAAUUGGCAAAUUAUGCAGAAUACAGUGGUAAUCCAAAAGAAGAAGAGACCUAUUUGUUUGCUAGAACCAUUCUUGAUUUAGCAACCAGAUAUCCCGAUGGAAAGAAGCGUGCGUUAUUGGUUGGAGGUGGCGUUGCGAACUUUACAGAUAUUGCUGCAACGUUUGCUGGCAUUAUUCAAGCUCUCAAGGACUUUCAUGGAAAACUUCAAGUGGCAAAGCUGAAAGUUUUUGUUCGACGUGGUGGCCCCAAUUACGAAACGGGACUACGCUUAAUGGAAGAACUUGGAGAUGAAUUAGAUAUACCUAUUGAAGUUUAUGGUCCUGACUCUAAUAUGACUUGCAUUGUGCAACAAGCUAUUGAUUGGAUAAAGGGUUAACACGUCGUUUUCUUCAAAGAAAUUCAAAACUCUUCUUUUUUAUUGUUUGGUCCCAUGGUGUAAUGGUUAGAAACGUUGUUGACCCACACGACAGACUUUGAAUCUGUAGAUCCGAGUUCAAUUCUCGGUGGGACCUAAAAAUUUCUUUUU